UAUCCCAAUUUUAAGUGUUGAACGAAGUGUAAAAGGAAUUUUGCAUUCGGACUGUUAAUUAUCUCGAAUCAAAGCUCUUUGCAUCACCUUAAGGCAAUGGAUCGUUUCGUCGCGUUGAAAUUUUUAAUUUUUUGCGGUAUUGUCACAGCUUUUCAGGGAAGCACCAAUGCUGCUCGAGUACCGUCACCCUACAACGUGUUUUAUGUAUUUGGCGGCAACUAUAUAUAUAUCAUUGAUCCAGAAACCAAAACAAUGAUUGAUAGUAUAACCCAUACGACGUCACCAGGAUUUUGUGCAAAAGGAGGUCCCGGAUUUUCAAGUGGAGAGUGUUGGUUCAGCGGUGCACAUAUUGUUGGUAAGCAUAUGUACGCUUUGGAUUAUUUCGGAAACGCCGUUAGAGUGUUUGAAGUAAAGACAAGAAAACUUAUCGAAAGCAUUAAAACCGAUGCCAAUCCAGUGGGUAUGUAUGAUCAGCGAUGGCGCAAAGAGACCUGGAUUCACUCCUGGACUCUGUCCACACUUGACGUCAUCGAUACAGAUGAACGCAAACGGACUCACACAGCUAUAAAAGCUCACAUUUCACCAGGAUGGACCCACGGUGAUAUGAUCGCCCAUGAGAAAUUGUUAGGAGGUCGCUAUGGUUAUGUUACUCACACAACGAACGAAGGAAUGCACAAAGUGAAUUUGGAUGACAAAACAUACGUCAAAUUCCUUAACUUCUCGGGUUAUGGCUGCACAGGCACAUGGAGAAUGGCUUUCUCUCCUCAUAAUAACCGUAUUUACGUUGACUGCAGGCAAAAUCGCCGAGAAUCGAAGACACUCGAAUUCGACCCUUCAACUGACAGAGUGACAAGAGUCUUUCCAUUUCGUGGAUAUCCCUACGCAUCUCCAAAUGGUCAUUUCAUCGUUUCGAUUUAUCGAAAUGGACGAGACGUCAGUGUUAUGAACAUAAUAGCCAUAUCUGGAACGACGGUUAACCGUUACCCUGAACAUGCUAUUCCUGGAGGUUUGACAGAUGUAGUUUUUUACCCAAAGCGUGAAAAUCCAAAUUCCUAUUAUGUAUUCGCCACUCUUCAGUACACAAAUAGAAUGGCUGUGGUUGAUCUGGAUUUGGCCUCGAGAAGAGACGACAAUGCUGUAAGAUACAUCACUGAUGUUGAUUAUGCGGACACGACUCGUUUUCUUCGUUCUCGAAAGAUGUUUAUGCAUGGAAAAUGGAUUAUUUCGGCCGCUUCUCAGUCAAACACUACGGUCAUUGUUAAUGCUGAGACCCAAAAGAUUCAUGGGAAAAUUCCUAACAUCGAUAAAGGAGAUUAUGCUCUAUGGGUCCCUGAUCCUAAUUCCGGAACAAGUGGUCUUAAGUCCUUCGUGGUAAUGAUUUGGUUUUGCUUGUUCUUGAAAUUUUUCUUUUAAAAUUUGAACCUUUUCCCAUUACAAUGGCUUUUUAGCCGCAUGUUAUAAUUCGUUUGUAAAGCACCGUAUUCGAGUAAAACACGAUUGUUUUAAUAUAACGUUGUAAAUCUGUAAAGUCUUUUAUUACUUAUAAUUCUAACAAGCAUUUUGCACUCAGGAUUUAGCAUUUAACAUUCAUGUUUUUGAAAUGGACAUUCGAACUUGUUAAAAUAUUGAUACAUUUAUAUGAGUUGUUAAUAUUGCCUGUUGCUAUAUAAAUUCUCUCCGUCAUAUUAAA